AUGUCAGAUUUCGUGCCUGAUAACGGAUAUUCUGACAUCGAAGCCCUGUCUGAUGACACUUUUUUCUCGGACUACGAGUCAGACCUCGAUACUGAUCAACUUCAACCAUGCAGCAGAAAAUUCAACGUCGUCCUGGACUAUGUCAGAAACUGGGACCGUCGAGAGGCGUUCCGUGAGCUCUUCCAGAACUGGCGCGACGGCAUGGCUGCGACAAAUCGACUCAACCUUCACGACUUGAAACUGGACCACACGGAGACCAAGAACGAGAUUCGCAUCUGCGCCUACGCACCGCAAACCACAGUCAGUAGCAAUGAGCGACAACUCCUAGGUUACAUCGUGUUCAAGAAGAAACAAGGCCGUCUCGAACUCACGAACUUCGAUGCCAAGCUCAAAUUAGCGCAUCUGAAGAUUGGACAGAGCUCUAAGCGGAAUCAAUCGCAGUCUGCUGGUGAACAUGGCGAAGGGCUCAAACUUGCCGUCAUUAUCUACCUGCGUGAUGAACUACAUGGACACGGGGUCACAAUCACAUCUGACUCGUUCAACUGGAGCUUCCGCCCCACAAGAGAUCGAGAUGUCCGUUACACCUUACGUCCCGUCAAAGCUGGGAAGAAACUACAACCCAUUGACCGAACAACAGACCGACGAUUGAUCGCGAGCGCCAGGGAUGAUGUAAGUGUGGUCAUCAGUAAGCCUAAAAGACGCAGCGGAGAUGCUAUAUCCGAGCAUGACUUCCGAGAUUGGAUGAAGGUCGCGUUGGACAUCGAUGGCCCAGCCCACACGAUCCGUGGCCCACAUGGUGAACUUAUUCUUGAUAAUGCCUUUGCCGGCAAGCUCUACGUCAAAGGUCUUCGGAUCAGUAGUGAGGGACACAGCGGAUAUGCGCCCCGUUAUGGGUACAACUUCUCGAAAGCUCACCUCAAUCGCGACCGCGAGAGAGUUGGUGAUGCAAGAGGAGAAGCCGAAAUCCUGGCACGCAUCUGGGCCCACGCAAUCGAAGAGACUACACCGCAAGGGGACCACGAAAUCGUUGCUCGAUACACAGAGCUAUUCCUCGAUCAGCCUGAGUCUGCUGACAUCGCUCUUGCCGACAAAACAGUCUCUGAAGGGGUGGCCAAGGCUAUGUGGACACAUCUGAACGCCUCAAAGCCAGGAACGUUUUUCUAUGAAGAGUCGUCAACCGAAUCCGCAGCAGUAGAGAACAUCAUCAAGUUUGAGAAGGCAAAAAGAACCCAGGUCGCUGCCUACGACAAUCUGGAAGAUAUUUCAGAAGCACAACCUUCUGAGAGUGUUUCCAUCCCCGACACCGCAUAUGCCCAAGCUGUUCUCAAGGUUUUGAGGGCAUGUCUCAGCCUCGACGAUCGAUUAGCCAAUGUGGAAAUCAACGUGGUGGAUGGUCGCUUACUCUUACUUGAUACGCUCUUUGAUCAAGAGAAUAAUCGCCUUCUUAUUCACCGGAAAUGGUUUGACUUUCAUCAGGCUCAUGAGUUGUCUAGCUGUGAGGUGUCGCGGUUGCAAGUAGAUGGAGGUGAGCAUGUCGGGCUACAAGCUUUUGCUUGUGACCAUAUCAUCGUGGUCCUCCUACAGUCGAUCCUGGACGCUGCCGUGGAAAGCAAGUUACUCGAAACAAAAGAUCGCGUCUCACUGAGUCGGACUGCUCCGGAAAGCAUCCGCCAGAUGCCGAGAGACGUCAAAGUCGUGCCUACUGAAAACCCCGGAGAGUUGCGCGUAACCUGGAAGAGCAACGAGUGCGGCAUGGUCAACGAAUUAUGCAGAAGCCAGAUGAUGUACACUGUUGCCCUGCACGAUGAGAAGCUAUGCGUCGCAAAGCAAGCUGAGCUGAUAAAGUUGGCAAGAGAUAUCGACUCGAUCGGCGGUGAAGGCGGUCAGGUUACGUGCAGCUGUCCUGUCACAGCAGCUUCAGGUCGAGUUUUCGAGGCUACUUUUGAGAACCUAGACCCGGCUAUUACCUACUUUGCUAUGGUCGCCAGGUCGGUCGACAGUUCUUUCUGGUCUCUACCAGCCCAAGGCACCCAGACUUUCUCAGGACCAAUUACCGAACCCACGACAACGUUGUCGACACCAUCUGACCGGUCAGAGCCCUUCAGUGUUUCUACUGAGCCAGUAUCUCAGUGUCGACUGAGCCGCUGCCUUGCCACACCCUCCAGAUCGUAUAGCGCUUCCGAGGACUUCGUCAUGCUGGAGCCAGGAGAAAGCGAUAGCGAGAGCAGACCUAGCAGCUCCGGUUCUAUCUUGGGACAGACCCCCGUGGAUUCGAGGCAAUCAACUCUGGAGCUCCGCAGCUCACCUCCACUGUCGAGACAGCUCGAUCAGGAUCGCCCCAGCCGAGAGACUAUCACUCAAAUGGCUGAGCGAGCCCGAGAUCUCCUGUUCCAAGGAAAGCACAUCUCUCGUAUGCGCAUCCGAGUUGCCAACGAGGACACGGUGUUCAAAGGGCUCAAAUUGAUCGAUCACGCGGAAAUGAGGGACGAGAAUGUUGAACUCACCUUGAAGGCGGAUAAAGUAUCACAGGCAGGUGCUGGACGAGUGGGUACGAAUGGUGGAGUGAAGCGUCGGCGUACUGGCUACUAA